CGGCUCUCUUCCCGCCGCGCGCGCGGCUGGCUCGCUACUCCGCCGCCGCCUGGCAGGCAGGCAGCCCCCAGUCAGUCGAGUCGACGUUUGCGGGAUCGACAUCCUCGCAUGCGGACGCACACGCCGGUCCGCCGUCGUCGUCCCUCUCCUCCCCCUCUCUCGCUCUCUCUUUCUCCGUCUACUCUUUUCCUUCUGUUAGCAGGCAGUGCGGUCUUUAUUCGCGCGAGACAGGAAGCGGCGGCAGCAGCGCAGCAGUUGGGCUGCGGUGGAUCCGUCCUGCAGGCUGUGGAACAGUGUAUGUGCGUGCCUGAUCGCGCUCGAUAGCAGCGAUCGAUUCCGGGUAUCGGAGAGCACGAGGCCUCGAGCCUCGACGGUGCUAAGCGGAGAGCCCGUGUAAGCCAAAUUAUCGAGCAUGGCUCUGUGGGCCAAAGCUCAGCAACUGCCUCAGGAGGCGUUGCAAAAGGUGCGUUCGGUAUACGGAGAGCAUUUCCCAAUUGAAGUGCGUCAUUUCUUAUCGUCAUGGAUUGAAGAAAAAAUGUGGACUGACAUUGAACCGGACAAUCCACAGUAUGAACAAUACAUCGCCAAUCUUGUUGAAUCUCUAAUACAAGAGUUAGAAACCAAAGCAGCUUCUCUAAGCAACACUGAAGAUCUCUUCUUAACGAGAAUAAAACUAAUGGAGGCAGCCAAAAGUUUUCGACAAAGGUACAGCCCACACCCCAUAUCACUAUUCAAAAUAAUCAGACAUUGCUUGGUGACAGAAAUGAACCUGGUGUCUCAAGUUGAAAGUCUUGGUGGCAACAUUAUGAACAUGGCUGGAAGUAGAGUAGGUCUGGUGGGUGAUUCAGUGGCAGAGAUUGCACAACAAUUAGACACACUGAGGCGUAGAACUCAAGAAACAGGGGAAGAUCUGCGUAAAAUGGAGCAAGAACAGGAGUCAUUUGCCAUUGCAUAUCAUGAAUGCACAAAGUUAAAUGCUCACUUACAGAAUAUUGCUACACAGCCACAGACACAACAAACUAUAGAAAUCGAAAAGAAAAUUCGCAGGCAGAAGGAACAGUCGGAACAGCAUUUGAAUCAUAAAGUUACUACUCUGCUUCAACUGCGUUUGAACCUUGCUGACAAAUUGAAAGAUACUAUCAGUAAACUCAGUCUUCUACAAUCAAAAGUGUUGGAUGACGAACUUAUCAGAUGGAAGAGAGAUCAACAGUUAGCUGGAAACGGUGCCAUGUUUGCUAGUAAUUUGGAUGCCAUUCAAGAAUGGUGCGAAAGUCUUGCUGAGUUGAUUUGGCUGAAUCGACAGCAGGUGAAGGAAGCCGAUCGGCUCAAAGCAAAGUUAAAUCUUGAGCCACCAGGAGUACAAGAUAUUCUCCCGCAACUUAAUUCAAACAUUACACAAUUGCUCAGUUCCUUGGUGACGAGUACUUUUAUCAUUGAAAAGCAGCCGCCCCAGGUCAUGAAGACCAACACCCGCUUUACAAGCACAGUGCGACUUUUGGUAGGUGGCAAGCUGAACGUUCACAUGACACCACCCCAGGUCAAAGUUAGUAUAAUCAGCGAGGCCCAGGCAAAUUCCCUGCUCAAGAGCGACAAGAUGGGCAACAAGGGUGAGGCUAGCGGUGAAAUCUUGAACAACACUGGUACAAUGGAGUAUCACCAGGCGACAAGGCAGCUGUCUGUCAGUUUUCGAAAUAUGCAAUUGAAGAAAAUCAAGAGGGCUGAGAAAAAAGGCACCGAAUCUGUUAUGGAUGAAAAAUUCUCCCUUUUAUUCCAAUCGCAAUUCAGCGUCGGCGGAGGAGAACUUGUCUUCCAGGUCUGGACACUUAGCUUACCAGUGGUGGUAAUCGUUCACGGCAAUCAAGAACCACAUGCUUGGGCUACUGUAACUUGGGACAACGCUUUCGCUGAGCCAGGCCGUGUGCCGUUUGCUGUGCCGGACAAGGUGCCUUGGUGCCAGGUCGCCGAGGCGCUGAACGUGAAAUUCCGUUCGGCUACUGGUCGAGCUCUUACAGAAGAUAACCUGCGCUUCCUUGGGGAGAAAGCUUUCCGCGGAGGUACCCCUGGUUGCCAAGAUUUUACAAACUUAUUGCUCAGCUGGGCACAGUUCUGUAAAGAACCACUACCCGAGAGAAACUUUACCUUCUGGGAAUGGUUUUAUGCCGUUAUGAAGCUAACACGCGAGCAUUUGCGUGGACCCUGGAAUGACGGAUAUAUUUUAGGAUUUGUAAGAAAGAAGCAAGCUGAGGAGAUGCUAGCCACCUGUGCUUCUGGCACCUUUCUUAUGAGAUUUUCCGACUCGGAACUGGGCGGAGUCACCAUUGCUUGGGUCGGAGAUCAAACAGAAGUUUUUAUGCUGCAGCCAUUCACUAGUAAAGAUUUUGCGAUACGAAGCUUAGCGGAUAGAGUUUCCGACUUGCAGCACUUGCUAUAUCUGUACCCAGACUUAUCUAAGGAUCAGGCAUUUUCUAAAUACUACACACCGUUCCAAGAACAACAACCUCUGAACAACGGUUACGUAAAACCAUUGCUCGUAACUCACGUACCAGGUUGGAGCGCACCAUCGGUGGGUGGUCAGACGCCAUCGCAUUCUUCAAUCGUUGGAGUUGGUGGUAGUCAAGGUGGACCCGGUGGAAGCUACCCCUCGACACCGUCUAAUAUGUUUCAAGCCCACAGUCCAGAUCCAUCCGUGACGAGAGAUACGCCAUCUGUUGCUUCUAGCUACGCUCCGGGUCUCGGCCAGUCAGUAAGGACGAAUGCUGACAUGGACUACGUCGAGUUGAUGAAUCACAGCGACCUUUCAUCCAUCGACGAAAAUCUCAACCUGGACCAGCUCAGUACCUUCGGACCUUUCAACGAAUUUAUGCAGUCGUACAAUGCCAAACCGCAAUAGGUAUGUCUGUUGCCGCCUGCGCGAGUAUCCGAACAAAGAAAAGGAAUCAUAGUUGUGCUUGUUCGAUUUCUUUGCGGCAAAAAGCUACGUUACAUUUUAUUCGCCUGUGACUUGAAAAUUUGAUUGAGAAGCUUGACUCUUGUUUUUGUUGUAGUAUCCGUUACUAUCGUCGAGGCGGUUGAUGUGCCUGAUGAAUUGCAUUUAAAUGGUUCGAAUUUCACGGUGUGUUACGUGAAUGACAAAUUUCAGACUCUAUAUGUAUACGCUGCUUAGUAUGUAUGUUUGUUUUAAUAGUCUAAGUGAUCGUGUUGAGGAUUAUAAGUUUUAAGAAAACUUAUACUAUAAUCGAUUGGUCAAACGUAAUUCUCAAUGGAAUUUUCUAGUUAAGUUAAAAAAAAUCUCGAGCUUGACGUUAUUAUUUAUUACCUGAGUGUGUUGACUAACGUGCAAUAUUAACUGAGGUAUGCUUGAAAACGAUAUCUUCUUUAGUUUUUAUAACAAUUGCGUUUUAUAGACGGAAGGAAACAUUUUGUUUGAAUUUAUAGCUGAUUGAAAAGAUGUUUUCUUUUUUAAACUGCUAAAUGUGAUUCAUUUUUUAUAAGUCGACACAACUGUCACGAAACUACAAUUGUUUUCUUUCCCACCUACUAGCGAUGUUACUUAUUGCACGAUAAUUUGAUAUAGAAACUUUUAUACGAAUAUACUUAUAUUUUUCGUAAGAAUGACACAUGAACACACAUGGGUAAUGUUUAUGACAAGAGGUCAACAGACACUGUCUGCAAUUACAUACGUGUUCUGCGAUAUUGAGCUUUAAUGUUUUAUGUCUAUUGAUCAUGCCUUAAUAUGUUGGAUAUUGAUUGUACCAAGCUCAAGAAAUUGGUAUACAUUAUGAUUCACGUCAUAUGUUAAAAAAGACAUAAAACAACGAAAACUAAUUUUAUUGCUUCCAACAUGAUUUUGAUUGUCACGUAAGUUAUUGAUUGCAAAACCAACUGUAUGUAAGGAAAAUGAAACGAAAGGACUAGCAUUAUGAUUUCACAAGGACUUUGUACAAUUGAAAAUUUCUGUGAAAUUCGACGACAAAUUACAUCGUUCAGUGAUCGUGCAAUUUUAUUGAAAGGACUUUGAUGUGCCUUAUGAAUGUUGGUGGGAUAAUUUUCUCAGUACCCAAUAGGUAGCGAAUGAUAAAUGACAAUGUUACGAAAGUCGUGUUAGUUGUGCAUUUAAGACGAAAAAAAAAAAUGACGAAAAAGAAUUUAACGUAUUUGAAUGUGUACAGUAUAACAAAGCUCAAGUUGUUAACUUUAUGUACAGGUCAAGAGGCUCUAUGACGAGUUGAAAACAAGUACAUACAUAACGCGAGGCGGCCUACGAUGUAUCACGUAAAAAAAGCGUAUUACUUUAUACAUAUUUUUCGAGAAACUUUUUAGUUGUAUAAGCACAACUAAUUUUUACACUACUAGUUUUUUUAAUUCUGUAGAUGUAAGAAAGCUAAGGUAAGUGAUGUUUCUCUUCUAGAUAUCUCUUUCUGCGCUUUACUCUUUUAAUCAUAUAUUAAACAAAAAAUCUAUGAAAUCGUUGUAUGGAUGUACAAGGAUAAGAUAAGCCAUUAUGUGAAAUUUUGUUCUAUAAGUAUAUGCAUAUAUAGAAAUAAUAUAUCGCGCACGUUCGUGUUUGUUUAGGUUUAGCGCUGCUACGUUGUACGAAACAGAAAAGUUAUAUUAAAAAUAUAAUAAAAGAAAGAAGCUUAGUUACACAAAGCCUGUCUUUGAAAUAUUAUCUAUCGAUUUUUUUUUUAUCAGAGAUUAAAGUUUAUUUUAUUAUGAGACAAAAAAUUUUAUAAUUUGUACCACUGUAUGACUAGCUUAUUAUAGAAAACUCUAUUCUGUCCGAUGAAUUAUUUGCUCUAUGUAUACGAAUAUGUACUGUAUGAUUCAUUCACAGAUGUACAUCUGACUAAUAAACCAUGAGUAGAGAACAUUCA